AUGGCGCCGCUGUUGCCUCAGUCAGUUCGAGGAAUGGCUGGUACAGACCGAGAUGACGCUUCAGAACCAGACCGAGCUAGCAACCAUACCUUCUCUAUCGCCCUCUCUAUCGCCUACCGAGCCAGUUUCCCCUACGCCGAGUCCCACGCAGAGUCCUAUACACAGUUCCACGCCAUCUCCAGCUCCGACUCAGUCGACUACGCCGUCACCGAAGCCGAGAUCUUCGCGGUAGGAAAGCAGUACCCGUUUGGGAAUGAGGCGCUGGAUACUCUCGCACUCCCGGCAGCGCUCGUCCAGGUAUUACAGCAUACGGGCGGAGGCCGUGCCUACUCCCGUGCCACGUUACUCCGUGGGUUCGCCUGGUUCCUAGAUAAGUUUGACUGGGGACUGAUGCUGUUCCGGGAGCCGUACCGGGCUAGGCUCGCUAUCCGGCUGCCCUCGCUCCUAGGAAGUUAUCUCCCGCGCUACGGGGCAGUACGGCAGCUGCUUGACGACUGGGUAUUCCUCCACGACGUAUUCCGCCAGCUGGAGGCCUGUUGGGGGCACCGCCCCCGGGCGCGGAAGAUCCUCGUCCUCCUGGCCGAUCUCUACCUUAUAGCGUUUCGACGAGAGGUCUUCUAG